CUUCGUAAUUUCAUUCACAAAGAUUUUGAUGAGGUCUUUGAGGAAAUGACUAUAGUCAACAAAUUUUUGUUUCUGGUCGUUACAAUUAGUGUGAGAUGCAUGUAGAUGGUCCAUUUCGUUGAUAAAUUGAACUUUUGGCACCGUCUACCGAUAUUCUUGGGGCUAGCUUAACUUGGAGCACGGCGACGCGUUCAUCAGCAAUACAAUUUGAUGAAUGUCCGUAGAACAACUACCGGCAUCCGAUCAAAUCCAGAGGAUAACCCUUAUAGAACUGCUGAUGGAAAAUACAGUGACCCCUUCAAUGAAGAUGCAGGCAGUGAAUUUUCCUUCUUUGGGAGGAAUAUGCUCCCUGUUCAUCAGCAUAACAAGGUAUAGUAAAACUGCUUCUAUUGCCUUUUGUUUCAAAAUCACGAGACCUAAUUUUAAGAAACAUAAUUUAUCUAUCAAGAGAGCUAUUUUUUCAUUUCUUUUUUUACGAAAAAAUAGACAUGAAAUGCAGUUAAAGAAGCCAGAUCCAAUGGUAGUAGCAACGAAGCUGCUAGCACGUAGAAAAUUCGUGGACACAGGAAAACAACUUAACAUAAUAGCUGCUUCUUGGAUACAAUUUAUGGUUCAUGAUUGGAUGGACCAUAUGGAAGAUACUAACCAGAUCAAGCUUCAUGCAGCUAAAGAAGUUGCAAGUCAGUGCCCUCUCAAGUCUUUUAAAUUUUUCAAGUCCAAGGAAACUCCUACGGGCUUAUAUGAAAUCAAAACGGGUCACUUGAACAGGCGUACCUCUUGGUGGGAUGGAAGUGCAAUUUAUGGAAACAACGGAGAGGAUUUGAAGAAAGUAAGAACAUUUAUAGACGGGAAGUUGAAACUAUCAGAAAAUGGGCUCAUCCAACAAGAUGAAAAUGGAAAAAUUAUCUCUGGUGAUGUCCGCAACACUUACGCUCUCUUUGUUCAAGAGCACAAUGCUAUUUGUGAUGCCUUGAAGGCUAAAUUAUUGGGACGGACUUUUUAUACGGAUUUUAUUGCUCAAGAUGUUGAUGGAACUGAUAGAUCAGAUCAUGUUGACCUUGCAGCUCUUGAAAUUUAUAGGGAUAGGGAAAGAAGUGUUGUAAGGUACAAUGAAUUUCGAAGGAGGAUAUUUUUAAUUUCUAUCUCAAAUUGGAAAGAUUUAAGUGAUGAUGAGGAAGUCAUUGAAACACUUGGUGAAGUAUAUGGUGAUAAUGUUGAAGAAUUGGAUUUGUUAGUGGGAGUUAUGGCAGAAAAAAAGAUCAAGGGAUUUGCCAUCUCUGAGACUGCUUUUUUCAUAUUCUUUUUCAUGGCAGGAAGGUUGAUAAACUAAUUAAAUAACUUGUAUAAAAUUAUUAUUAAUAUAAAGUUGAUUUUUGAAAAUUGGCAGGAGGCUAGAGGCAGAUAGAUUUUCCACUUUACUUACGUGUUCCUCGCUAGUACAUCUCUCAUCUUACCUAUUUCUGAUAAGCCAAAUUCCCUAUUUCAUCUUGUAAAAUUAAUGUU